CAUCGUUUUUAGAGAGAGAGAGAGAGAGAGAGAGAGAGAUGGAGGAGGAAGGAGGAAGAUCAUCAAGGCCAUUGAUGGGGUUCCCAUUAGGCCUAGCUCUUUUAGUUGUGAUGUUGCUAUGUAUGAGUUGUCUCUUCACUUGUUUCUACCACUGGCACAAGCUUCGUUCCCUGUUUAUCUUUCGACCUUCAAUGCAUGAAAAUUACUCAGAGUCGCCACGAGAUUCAGAUAGUACGGCACCUCAUUCACCCCCGAAAUACACCGCGAAGGAAGAGCCAACUCAAGGGCCGAACUUGACGGUGGUGAUGCCCGGAGAUCAAUUCCCCAAAUUCGUAGCAUUGCCCACUCCAUGUCAAACAUAUUCAUAGCAUACCCAAAAAAAAAACACCGAAAAAGGAAAGAAAAAAAUUAUUUAGAGAUGAGUUAUGGUAAUUGACACCAAUUAUAGCUACAAUUUCAUGUGUCUUUUUGAUAAUUUUUUAGAGAUGAGUUAUGAAUAUCUCCAGAACGAUACUAAAUGAACCCAAAAUUUAAAUAAUUGUUCAGAAUGUUUUCUUUUUCACUUAUUGGUAAUGAAAAAAGGGUUUGAAACAAGUGUUGUCAAAUCCGUACCUAACGGCCGAUACCGCCAAUAAAAUUAUAAAACGGUAGCUACGGUACA